AUGAAAGAUGGCUUGAAUGAUAUCAAAGGGUUGGUAGCUCGAAUUCGUGAUGCUGUGAAGUAUGUUAGAAGUUCUCCUCAAAGAGAGCAACGUUUCAAGUCAUGUGUACAAAAGGAGAGGAUUAAUCAUAAGAGUUCUUUGUGUUUAGAUGUUCAAACACGGUGGAACUCUACUUUUCUCAUGUUAAAUACUGCACUCAAGUUUCAAAAAGCUUUUGAAAGAUUCGAAAAUGAGGAUCCACAUUUUUGCUUAGAACUUAAUGACAUACCUCCUACCACCAAAGAUUGGGAUGAUACUAGGCAUUUUACUUCAUUUUUGGAAAAAUUCUAUGAUGCCACUGUUCAUUUGUCUGGUUCUUUGUAUGUUAUUUCUACUAUGUAUUUUACUGAAGUUUGUGCAAUUGAGGGUUUCUUAUCUGAAUGUAUAAAGAGUUUGCAUCCUUCUUUAAAUGUAAUGGCUAUGAAAAUAAAGAGCAAGUUUGAUAAGUAUUGGGGAAAAAUUGAAAAAGUGAACAUGUUGUUGAUUUUUGUUGUGUUGGAUCCCUAUUGUAAGUUGAGAUAUGUUAGUUUUUGUUACUCUGAACUUUAUGAAGCCUCCACUGUGACUGAGCUUACAAAAAAGGUAAGAGAGGCAUUGAAUCAAAUUUAUGAUGAGUAUCAAAAGCUUGAAUUUGGAAUGUGUUCUUCUUCUAGCCAAACUUGUGUUGAAGUUGAUCAACCAAUUAGUGGAGCAAGUAAACAGUUAGUGUCUCUCAAAUCAAAGUUUCAAAAACAUUUGGCACAAGAAGAAUGUGAUGGUGGAAAGUCAUACGCAAAUAAAUAUUUGGAAGAUGCUUGUGAAAAGGAAGGCCCAAACUCACAUUUUGAAAUUUUGAAUAGGUGGAAUGUGAAUUCCUCUAGAUAUAAAAUUCUUUCUCAAGUUGCCCGGGAUAUUUUUACCAUUCCCGUAUCCAAUGGUGGAGCCAGGAAUUUAAUAUAG